AUGGCAUCUGUGGCAGCCUCGCAUUCUGAUACUCUACAGCAGUUCUUCCCCGAGCUAUUGAAAUACUUGGACUUCAUGACCAUAUACCCUUACCUAGUUUCAGAGAGACUCCUCACCCUCCCGGAGCUGGAGAAGUUGAAUAAGUGCAGCAGCGAGAGAGACACACAGACCAGGCUACUCGUAUCUACACUAGUGAGCAAGGGACGCGGCUCCUAUCCUUUAUUUCUCAAAGCCUUGGAGCGCUCUGUGGAGUCUGAUGACCUGUCCUUACAUUUAGGACACUUGGAGCUGUUGCAGAUAUUGCCCAAGUCUUGCAAAACUAAACCUACCAAUGCCCAGUGGCAAUCGUCUUCACUAAAUGCUAGCAUUACUGCAUCUCUUUGUAGUGAGGAGGAGAGUGACAAACUGACAGGGAGCUUGAGAGAAAUGAGGCUCAGUUACUCUCAAAGACAGAGUAGGCUGCCUAGUGGAGAUGACUUGACUGAUUCUGGUCUUACCGACUCAUUCUCAAAGGCAAAGGAGAGUUGGCAUGAGCUGGAGAAGAACAUGAAAGAUCUGAACAGGAGGAAUCAAGAGCUCCAGAGGGAGAAUGAGCAGCUGCAGAUAAACAUGAUGAGAGAGAGGAAAGAAGUUCAGUAUUGCAUGCAAGUUUGCUUGAAACUGAUUAUGCAACCAGAGCAAUAUCCUAAUUGCUCUGGUAUUGUCAGCAAAGGUUUAUUACAAUCCAACGAGAGGGUAUCAUCAUCUUGUAUUAUUCACAAUAUUGUAAUCCUUUUGGUUGGUACCAGCCUAACUGAUGGCGAAUCACUAAACACUGUCUCUCUCACUCUCUCUUCUCUCUUUGGACUGCCUGUAUCUCUAAACGCAUUGCGACUGCACCGUCCCUCCUUCCUUCACCUUUUCAACAACAGCCUAGUUCAAGUCACCAUACUUAACGAUAACGAGAGAAGGGAAGCAGAAGCGCUUAAAGAAAAACCCGAUCUACUAAUAGUCAUGUACACCGAUCAGUCUUCAUUUGAUUCUUCUUCAGAAGUCCUGACCUGGGCUAGAGAUCGUAAGCUAUUAUCAAUAACAGUCCAGCUAGCGCUUGAUCACUGCAUCAGUGCUCAAUGCACUAGUGCUACUGCUAGUAUCAGUAGUUAUGAUUCACCAGUUCAAGAGGGGGUCCCUAAACUAUACAUUUUGCCACUACACCACCACCUCAUUUGUUUCUCAUUUCAUUUAUCCUCUCUCUAUGUCGACUGCCUUGAGAAAGCUACUUUUGAGCUCACUCAGUCACUCAUUGACUGCAAUAGGCAGCGAUUAAAGAAAGCAGAAGCGGCUGUGGCCAAUGGAGACAUUUUCGGAAAACUAGACACUCCUGCCAUUUACGAAUUAGACUUGUUUUGUUUGUGAGAUGACACCAUAAUAGUCCUUUUGACAGUUACUACAGUUUUCUACCUGUUCUUACCUUGUUCCUGGCUAUUACGAUUUGCUAACGUGUGCUUGUAGCUGUAAUGUAUUUCUCUUUGUUCGCUAAUGUAUCCUUUAUUCUUAUAAGCUCAUAAAGACAGUUGCUAUCACUUUGUCAUAACUUCUAUAUUUGCUGAGAAUGCAAAACUACAAC